AUGGCAAAUACAACUGGUAGUCUUAAUGGAGUUGCUGUUGCAACUACAACGCUUAAAUUAAAAAAAAGGUUACAUCAAAUGAAUGAUGAAUAUGACUCAAGUAACAAUGAUGACAUCAAGGGAGACCAGAUUUCUCUUCUAUGGUGUGAUGGUCAUACGGAUGAUGAAUCAUUUGACAACGACAUUCUAUAUACUAAAACAAUGUUACACGACAUCAGUAAUUCGGUAUUUUGUUGCUCGAAUGAAACAGAAUGUCUAACAUAUUUAACUACAGUAUUAAAAAAUGAAACAAUUAUUUUGAUUAUUUCUGGUGCUCUUGCAUCUAAAACAUUGUUAGAUGCAUCAAAGAAAAUUCGUCGUCUUGAUACAAUUUUCAUUUUUUGUAUGGAAAAACAGAAAUAUGAAUUUCUUCUGCAACAUUCAAAAGUGGCUAGUAUUCAUGAUAAACAGGAAAGUUUAAAAUAUAGUAUUUUGAAAACCAUUCGAGCGAUUGAACGGCAAACGGCUAUUUUACAAAUGUACGAUCCAAUUAAACAACGAUUAGCACGUAAUUUAGAUCGUGAAACUGGGUCAUUCAUUUGGCUUCAAUUAAUUAAAGAAGCCAUACAAAAAAUGUCUGCACGAAUAACAGAUUCGAAUGGAAAACAAACAAUGUUACAUCAAUGUCGAGAAUAUUAUCGAAAUAAUGAAAAAGAAUUAAAGAAUAUUGAUGAAUUCGAACGAACAUAUAGUGCAGACCAAGCAAUCACAUGGUAUACAAAAGAUAGUUUUAUUUAUAAAAUGAUCAAUAAAGCUCUUCGUACAGAAGAUGUCGAAGUAUUGUACACAUUUCGUUUUUAUAUUAUGGAUCUUUGUGCAUCUCUUGUUGAAAACAGUAAAUUACUUCGACAAUAUACAAUGACAGCUUCUUUCACAGUCUAUCGUGGUAUGAAACAAUCUUAUGAAGAAAUCAAACGUUUCAAAGAUAGCAUUGGACAACUUAUAUGUGCUAAUGCAUUCUUAUCCGCUAGUCGUCUGAAAGAAGUGGCCAGAAUUUACGCUGGUCUCGGCAAUAAUCCUGAGGCAAACAAUGAUUUAGAAUCUGUUAUCUUCGAAAUCGAAAUUGAUUUAAAUGCAGAACCUCAUGUUGUUGUUGCUGAUGUAUCUUGUUUUAGCUAUUUCAAAGACGAAGAAGAAAUUCUAUUCGAUUUAGCAACUGUAUUCGAAGUUCAAGCGAUGACUUAUGAUGAUCAAGUCAAAUUAUGGACAUGUCAUAUGAAAACAUCAAACAAAGGGUAUGGUAUAGCACAAGAAUAUAUUGAACUCGAGCGUACAGAAAUGAAUAAAGAAGAUGCAGGCAUUUUCUUUGGUAUUCUGCUCUUUAAAAUGGGUGAAUACAGAAAAUCGAUUAUGUAUUUAAAUCAUCUGCGAAAAUUAAGACCAGAUGAUACUUAUAUUCUGUUCAUGUUGGGCAAAAGUCAUGGUGUCCUUGAUGAAAAUGAACAAGCGCUUGAUUAUUACGAACGAGCCUACAAUCUUUCAAUGGAAAAAGAUCCACCUGAUUUAGCACAUGCUGCCUUAAUUAAUACUUUCGCUGGUCUUGUCUAUUAUUAUGAAUGCAAUUAUGAUAAAAGUCUUUCAAGUUAUGCAGAUUCUUUUCAUAAAUACGAGAUUUUAAAAAUGACUGAACAGACAUCAUUCGCUCAUACUCUCAUAGGACUUGGCUAUGUUUAUGUAGUUCUCGGUUUCGAUAAUUCAGCACUCGAACAUUUUCAACGUGCAUUGCAAAUAAUUCAACAACAAGCACCAUUCGAUCUUCCGACUUUGUGUCGUGCUUAUCGGCAUGUGGCAGCUGGAUUCUGUCGAAUAGGUGAUUAUGAUCAAGCAUUGAAUAUGAUGAAAGUAUCAUUAGAAAUUGGAGAACGAAUUUUUAUUCGAAAAAGUCUUGCAUUUGGUGUUAUUUUCGAAGUACUCGGCAGAAUUCUCUAUAAGAAAGGCGAAUAUGAACAAGCACUUACAUGCUAUCUUGAUGCUCUUGAAAUUGAUCGAUGUACGAUCUCACAAGAAAAUAGUCAUGAUAUGGUUUUACUUUAUAAUUAUAUUGGUAAGAUUUUUUAUCGAAACAAUAAGUAUAAUGAAUCUAAUGAACAAUACGAUAAAGCAUUAGCAAUAUUGACAGCAAUACUUACAACCGAUCAUAUUAAAACUGCUUAUACAUUAAGGAAUAAAAGUGAAGUACUCUUGGCUCAAUGUGAUUUUGAUAAUGCUGAAGAUUAUCUAAAUCGAUCGCGUAAGUCGAACGUGUUUUGAUUGCCACUUAGAAGUUAUGAUUCAUCAAAUAGCUUCGAUGAAUGAAUAUUUCAACACUUCGAUUCAUCUGAAAUAGGUUUCGGUCUACAAAAAAUCGAAGUUUGAAGAUGAGAAUUUCAUAAGACUGGCAUUCAGCGAAACAUGUUGCGGGUGUGUGCGUGUAGCGGAGGUGCGGGUAUCAGUAUGGGUGUGAAACUUCAAUUCAUUCCAUUCCACAUCCACACCCACCAACGACGUGAAGCACUCACCGAGCGUGAUGAGCAAGAAGAAGAAGAUUUGACUGAAUUUCUUUAAGGAUUGUCCAUUCUCAAAAUCCAAAACUCGCAAAGACAAGAAUGAAUGAAUUACUUCUACUCCCACUUAUUUUCACCUUUUCCUUUUCCUCCAUCAUUCAAUGUCUAUGAAUAUUAUUCUGAUUUUAAUCUUGUUGAUAAUAUUUUUGAUUGUCUAAAACAUAGAUUUUAUUACUUUUUUUUCGCAAAUUGCAUAAAAGAGCUUUCAUUAUAUUAUUUUCUCGUUGAUUUCUCAUUUUCCUGACUCUGCUUUUCACCAAGAUAUUUUUCGCUAAUUUGCUUUUCGCCGAUUUAUGAUGCCUAAUGGUUUGCGUGUUUACUGCGUUAUUAGUGAUAAAGCAAUGAACAAGCCCUUUUUCUUCAUAGUUCAAAUGUAUGAACGAAUUUUUAUUCAUCGAGAACAUAGAGAAAAGGCCAAAUGCAAUUAUUUAAUGGGCCGUCUCUGCGUGGCACGCGGUGAUGAAGACAAGGCGCUACAUCAUUUUCGCGCAGCUUAUGAAACAUGGUCCAGAACACUAGUAGCACGGCAUCCCGAACGGAACAUGUGUCUAGAAGCUAUAGGUAAACUUCGUUGGAGACAAAUUCGUUGCUGGAUGAAAAAGCGAAAGAUUCAGAGUGACUGACCUAUCUUCGUUGGCGAUUGAGAACAUUUUGCAUGAUCCUAUAUAUUUUAUUAUAAUAAUACAUUACUCUUGAAUAAAUUUCAGCAUUACACUGCACAAAUUAAAGCUGGAUAAUUCCAGUUGACUUAAUCAAAUAGCAUGCGUAGAAUUGUCAAAGAGAUACAAUUAGAUUACUCACAGCGUUUGGUAUUUCCUACUGAUGAUUUGUUCAAUAUUUUGAUUUGGAAGAAACCUGUUACGUAUAAAAGGCUCCCUUUCAAAUUCAGUCUCUUUCGUUUAAACAUCCGACAGGUCACUAUUAUUUUCAGACUCACCUCUUAUGCAAAACGAAAUGGCAUACGCAAAAAUUUUCGAAAAGGAAAGGCAUAUCAUAAGCAAAAUAUUGUUACAUAGAGAAAAUUCUUUUGUCCGCGUCUCUAGGUUCUCUGUUAGUGCAUCAUUGCUACAACUAUACUUUCGUUUAGUUGCAACAUAGCAAAACGACUUCACCUAGAAUCACUUGGAAGAUCCUCUCGCUGAAUUACUCAAAAAAAAUUAUAUUCAGAGUGCUCAAGUUGUUUUAUCGUGAGAUAAAUUAUCAUACUCAAGAGGUCGAUGCUGACUGAUUGAAAAAUGUCUUUAUGCGGUCUGAUACGGAUAGAUCGACUCGAAUCUAUUUUGAAAUUGAUUAUAUAUGGAAAUAUGAAAAACACUCAGUAUCACGUUGCUGUUGAACAAUAACUGUUUAUAAUACUGCACUGCAUACAAUAGAUCUAAAAUAAUAAAUGUGGACAUUGAUGUAUGGGUGUGGGUGUGGGUGUGGGUGUGGGUGUGGGUGUGGGUGUGGGUAUGGGUGUGGGUG